UCCUUCCUUCCCUCCCUUCCUCCCUCUCUCCUUCCCUCCCAGCUCCUGCACCAGGAAACGGCCCGGAUCCCAGCAGCGGCCUGACCCGUGAGAUCCCUAACCUGGCAGGCGGGCGGGGUUGGAGACCAGUUGAAGGUGGGGGUAAGGGCUCCACGCUGGCCGGGAGGAUGAAAGGCCCCAGCUGGGGGCUCCUUGCCACCAGCGCUGGGUCCUAAGAGCUGCCAUCCAGGCUGGCCGCCCGGAUGGCGACCCCAGCCUCGGCCCCAGACACACGGGCUCUGGUGGCCGACUUUGUAGGCUAUAAGCUGAGGCAGAAGGGUUAUGUCUGUGGAGCUGGCCCUGGGGAGGGCCCAGCAGCUGAUCCACUGCACCAAGCCAUGCGGGCAGCUGGAGAUGAGUUCGAGACCCGCUUCCGGCGCACCUUCUCUGAUCUGGCAGCUCAGCUGCAUGUGACCCCGGGUUCAGCUCAGCAACGCUUCACCCAGGUCUCUGACGAACUUUUCCAAGGGGGUCCCAACUGGGGUCGUCUUGUGGCCUUCUUUGUCUUUGGGGCUGCCCUGUGUGCUGAGAGUGUCAACAAAGAGAUGGAGCCACUGGUGGGACAAGUGCAGGAGUGGAUGGUGGCCUACCUGGAGACGCGGCUGGCUGACUGGAUCCACAGCAGUGGGGGCUGGGCGGAGUUCACAGCUCUAUACGGGGACGGGGCCCUGGAGGAGGCACGGCGUCUGCGGGAGGGGAACUGGGCAUCAGUGAGGACAGUGCUGACGGGGGCCGUGGCACUGGGGGCCCUGGUAACUGUAGGGGCCUUUUUUGCUAGCAAGUGAGAAAGUUCAGGGCCAGGUGGGGCUAGGUGUGGCUGGGGGCCAGGAGAGCAGGAACAGAGAACAAGAAGUGAAGUGAAUGGUUGGGCAUGGAACAGGGAAGGGGAGAGGUAGCAUGUGAGGGAACCAAGUGUGCCAGGCAGGUGAUUGGAAGAGUGAGCUACAGUUAUUAAGGAGUUUUAAGAAAAUCAGAGGACCAGGAGAUGGAGUCAUUCCAGGGUUUGGGGGGAGGUGGGAGGGAUCAUGCCUAUAGGUAUGGGCACAUGAAACUACCCAGAGAUGAAUUUGCAGCGCUGAGGAAGGUGGACUUGCAUAAGGAGUUGUGUCUCCCCUGGAUAAGUGGGUUUUGGGGAACUAGAAGGCAUAUCCCUUUGGAAUGGAAGCUUAGGGUUCUCAGGUGAUUGGGAGAGGUGGCUGUGGCUGUGGGCUGCUUGGACACAAGUGUGCAUGUGCACGGGUACUCGUGUGCAUGCUGGGCUGUUUGUCUAAUCUGGAGGUGGUUCAGAUUCUUCAAGGAGAAAACAUUCCCUUUUGCAGUGGCAAGAACAAGGGACAGUUCUCUGCCCCUCCUCCCAAACCCUCUUUUCCCUUCCCCUUGUCCAGAUGCCUCAAGGCUGAAGGAGAAACACUGUAUCCAGACGGAGGGCUCUGGCACUUCUCAGCAGAAAGUUGUUGGUAGGGCUUUGGAGAGAAAGCAAUUCUGCAGCUGGCCUUGUUCCUUCAUUACCCAUUUUCCUGUGCAUCAUGAACUUCCUGCUGCCUCCUGGGCUCUGACAGAAGUGCAGGGCUCUGGAGCAUGGGCAGGUGAAGGCUUCUUCAGUAGCUGGAUAUGCCUGCCACCCUCCCCUCCCACUGGGGCACAAUGGUGCCUAAUAGCUCUGGGACCUCUGUACCCAAACUGAAACUCUAAAUUGGGGCUCAAUUUUCCUUUUGAGGAUGUAGACAUAAAUGCUGAUCUAGAAUAUAGUCUGGGUCCCACACUGUUUCUCAGUGAGACUGUUGAUUCCUUGAAAAGACCAUUCUAGCUUGAGCCCUGUGGGGUGAGGGUGACAGGUACUCUAUGACUGGGCCUAUUCUGUGUUGUGGGCUUUGGUGCUGCUUUAUUAGGGGCAGGUGUAUGGGUUUGAGAGUACCUACCACGAUCUGGAAGCAUUUAUAUUUCAUUGAAGCCACGCUGUUUGCAUGGGUGUUGUUUGUCUGUACCUCAGAGUCUGAGGAUGCUAACUUUAGAACUCACAGUCCUCUAGAACAGAUUCAGGCUAUAGCUUUUUCUUUUAAAGAAGAAAUGAUUCACUCCAGAUGCAUGUCCUGAGCCAGACCUCACUGCUGCACUUUCCAAGGUGCUAAAAUUUGCUGCUCUCCAAUGCUGACUUCAUUCACAGUGCUCUAGAACCCUGCCCAUAAUCCUGAGCACUGAUCAGUUUAGCUAGACAUGGUUGACUCUUCUUGGAGAUUUUUACUUGGUCCCAGAAUAUGGCAACAUGGAUGUGUUUGUUAGAAAGUGGGACCAAAUUGGCCUCAGGUGUUUAGUCCAGACUUUUGCUUUUGAGAGAGGGCUGCACUUUUUAAUGGUCUCUAUGGGGGAGGUGGUAGACUGCAUAUGCCACUUGGUCUGUUGUGAGUAUGCUGAUAUUAGAAACUCAGAGCUGGUCUAUGGCAGGCAGUUGGGGUGGGGGGUCUGACUUGCUCAGGACUAACUAGGCCAGUGGUUUUCAAACUGCUUGGCAGAGCCCCAAAGUAUCCUAGGGGUUGCCUCAGGAGUCCUUGGGGAGAUGAAGGGGAUGGGGGCUGAGCAGGCUGGGCAACUUGCCCUCAAACAGAACAGCUCCUCUUGUAGCUGUCUUACAUACCGGGGUUCAGGGUAAGAUUUUAUUUGCAUUAAGGGUUUUGCUGCUGAAAAAUAAAAGUUGGAAAACCACUGACUAGACCAUCAGCUCCAAAUUGGAGCCUGUGCUCCCCAAGGUUUGGGGCAGACUCUUCACUCUACCCACUACCACAAGAUACUUAUCUGUGUUAGCAUUCCUGGGGGGCUUUAGCAAACUGGGGCAGCAGGGACCAUGAUCAGGUUACCAAAGUGCCCCAUUCUGAGGCCUUCACACCUGGGUGGAAGGAGAGGCUUUUUUAUGAAAGGGUAAAGGGCUUGGUCUGGAUUCCCAAAAGCAGAGCUUGGAUGAGAUCACAGUGGGCAGUUUUGACCUGUUUUGCCCUUCUUAGUUUGAGGAGCAGUGGAAACCCCAGAGACUCUUCUGUCAGGGAAAACUAGGGACUCUCUUCUAGAGCCAUAUAGUUCCUUGGGAUUAGCUCUUGGCCAAGAAGGCUGAGUAUGGCUCCCAGUUUUUAAAUUCAUUUAUUUUUUUUUAAUGAGGAAAAUAAAUGUAAUGGCCAUUUUUCAAAGAUUAAAUAGGUGGAGAGGGUGUUUCUUGCUCUCCAGAGCCCAAAGGGACAAAUAGGGACUUUGCUUAGGCCAAGGAAGGACUGGAAGUAGGGCAACUGGGUCCUGCGAUUAUUAAUUGUACUCCCCACUUAUUGUAGGGCAUACAUACACUAUUUUACUUUUUUAAAAUCAUAAAACGGCAGGAGAACAGAUUUGGUUAGUUUAGAAGAAAAGAAAAAGCUCUAUAAAUAUAAAUAUAUAUUCCUGUAUUUUUAUUUAAUAAUUUAUAAAUAUCAAGUUCAUUUGACUUUUAUUUUUGUGUAAUAUGUAAUGGUCGUAUUAAAAAAAUAAAUAAAGCCCAGAAGUUUAAUGAGAA